AUGUCCGACAUCGACGCCCACAUUCCCGUUUCUGCCAACCUCAAGCAGACCCUGACGCCGUACCUGCCUCCUAAGGGCGAGAACCACGUUACUCUGACAUACGCACAAUCGCUGGACUCUCGAAUUGCCGCCAAGCGAGACGAGCGAACCACCAUUUCGUCCGAGGAGACCAAGCGGAUGACGCACUGGCUGCGAGCUCACCACGACGGUAUCCUGGUCGGAGUCCAGACUGCCAUCAUUGACAACCCCGGGCUGCACUGCAAGAGCUUCACCGAUGAGGACUACAAGCUGCAAGAGCAGUCCCCCCAGCCCAUCAUUCUGGACCCCCAGUUCCGAUGGGAGUUCAAGGCCACCAAGCUGGCCUGCAACGCCGCCCACAACGGCUACAAGGCGCCCAUUGUGGUAACCAAGAGCGGCUACGAGAUUGACACCGCCAAAAAGUUCAAGAAGAAGGGCAUUGAGGACUUUGGAGGAAAGGUUCUCAUGCUGGACGACUUUUCCUGGAAGUCCAUCUUCGACGCUCUGCACAACGACUGUGGACUCAAGAGCAUCAUGGUCGAGGGAGGCGCACAUGUCAUUGAGAGCAUGCUUGAGGUGGGAGCCUUUGAUUCGCUUGUAGUGACUGUGGGACCCGUUUUCCUGGGUCGAGCCGGCCUCGAGGUCUCGCCAAAGGAGAGCGUCAUUCUUGACAAGGUCAAGUGGGCCGCUGCUGAGAGAGAUAGUGUCAUGUGUGCUGUCCAGAAGAAGGAGUGA